UCGUCCGUAGUUUAGUUGAAGUGGAAACGUCGUCGUGCUAGGGUGUGUUUCGCAUAACUUUUUAUUUUCGAAAUCACACAUCGUUAACAUUCAUUCACAGACGUUUUUGUGUGAUUUUAAAAAACAUCGAAGUGUUGACGUUUCGUAUUCGAACAAACUCUUUUUAUUUCCAUACAUCGAAUACAAAACUCUUAGUUUUUCAUUUCGAAUCAAGUGCAAAAUCGGUUUUAUUAUGCUUUUAGUUUAUUUUUUUGUUUUAUUCAAAUAAUUUUGACUAUGUUUGAGUGUAAUAAUUCGACGAAAUUUACCAAAUAAGGCCUCGCUUAUCGCAAUCUACGCGUAGUUUAUUCUCUUUUUUUUCGUUUAUAAAUAAAAAAAAUUAUUAUUAUCCGCAAUAAAAACCAAACGAAUGAGCAGCUUGAAUACUAACGCACCAAUGAUUACGAUGUGUGCUUAAUUUUUUUUUCCUUUAUUCAACUGUGUGUUAAUUUUGGUGAAACGAUUGAACAAAAAACAAAAUUUCUUGAGAAAAUCUCACUCGUUUAAAUUUCAUGACGAUACAAUUACGCGAAGCGACGAGUUCGAAUAGAAUAAUUCAAUUGCGAAUUGGACGGACAAAAGAACAAAAUAACAAUUUUGAUUAACAUUAGAAUAAAUUUUCACAAAUACAUUUGCUCAUUUCACGAUUGAGUGUUGAUUGCACACACUCACGGUUUGUUGUUCAGUUGUUAUUUUUUUUCUGCUGCGCCAGCCUUCACACAAAACAAUUCAAGCGAAUUGGCAUCGAGUCGGCUAUGCAAAAUAAAAAAGAGCAAUACACUCAAAUUCAUUACGUGUAUCAAAAACUAUCGUACAACAAAAUCGUAAUAAAUUCAGUUGAGAUAGCGGUCGAGUGAGUAGCAGCUAUUCAAUAGAACAUCGAAACGACAGCGAUCACGACGCCAACAACAGCAGCAACAACAAAAAAUAUAAUUAUUUAUACACGAAAAAAAAGAGCACAACGGCGAAUUUAUAGCAACGACGUGCAUGCUUCCAACAUAUGAAGAGAAAGAGUGAACAGGAGAGAUAGAGACGACACACAUACUUGCAUUAAGCUGGGCCAGAUAAGUGGAGGACAAAAAAGUCAAUCGACACCAGUACACCGACAUAGAUCGACAAAAAAUGAAAUUGAGGAGAACAUCGUAGAUCAAAGCAUCCAAUCAACGUUAAUUGCCCCACUGUAAAACGAACCUUAUGAUGAGACCAAUUCGUCCAGACAUAACAAAGUAGACACACAUACACGCUCACUGUUUUUUUUUUGUUUCUACGUCAAAUUAUUCUAUUAGGCAACGAAGGAACGGCGACUGAGUUCAUUUAUCCGAACGCAGAAAUGAUUCACCGAUUCGAAAUUUUCACAUCGCAUUGCGCGUAGCUCGUCUCGUCAUCAACUUGUGUUCUUCAUUAUUCUUUUUUUCGUUUGGCUUAUCGAAGGUGUCUACAUCAAAUUAGAAUCAAAUACGUGAAACACGAAAAUACAAACGAACUCAAACCCAAAAAGAAAAUUGACGGCAUCUACCGAUAAUUAGGUUGUUCGUGAAUUUUCGUUCAAAACAAACCGUUCUCAUCGUGAGCCAGUAAAAUAUUUCAAGAGGAAAAAGAAACACAAACGAGCUAACGCGAAAUAAUUAAGUGGUGUUCGCGGGCUUGGGCGGACUGCACGUCAUAUCAUUCUGAUGAGAGCAACUCAUCAACGAAAUGAACAGUUAGCAAAAGAGUAACGAAUCUAGUGAAGUGAAGCUAAUUUUUUACGUAAACUUCGAUACAAGAAGAAGGGAAGUGGAUGAAUAAAAAAAACUUCUUUCGAAGCAGAGAGAGAGAGACAGAGAAAAAAAAACAUGUGAUAAAUUAAUCAACUGAGCGGUUAAUCAGAUAGUAGAUAAAAAAGAGUUUCUAUUCCAUUUGCAACUUCACAUCUUAAUGUAAAUUAUUUUUCUUCUUCACUCAUCGAGACAGACAACCAAGAAUCGGAAUUAUUUUCUAUCUUAUCGCUGUAUUGUUCGAAUUUCUAUUGUGAUACAUUCGUUAAUCGAUUCCGAAUUGGAAAUGUUCUUGAAGCGACCGAAUAAACAUUUUUCGUGAUGGAACAUUUUGUUUGCAAAUGAUGUUUGAAGUUGUGAAAAAAAUUGAUCAUCGAUUUGAAAUUCAACUAAAGCAAUUCGUGACACACAACUCUAUCUCGAUGAAAGUGCUAACAUUUUGACCACAAAAUGACUCAAUAAGUACGGUAAAAAAAGUUAGUAAGUGUGUGAAGACAUUUAGAACGACGUGCUGAAGCAUUUAAUACGCAACAUUUGCGUUUGUGCUGAUUUUGAUUGAUAGAUAUCGACAGUGAGUAGACGGUAAAGCGCAGUGCUGUGUCGGUCCUUAAAAGCAAAUUUCAAAUAAAGUUAGCAAAAGUCGUUUCGUUUCCAAAAUAAAAUGACAAGUGAUGUUGUUCGAUGGUCACAGUUGUCUACACAACACAGUCAACAACGUGACGUCAUGACAUCCGACGUGAAUAUGCGUCAAAUCGAAAAGGACGCCGCCACACAGCAUGGGCAUAGCAGCAACAUACGCAGGUCGUUGAUUGCCGGAACAAUUGGAACACAUCUACACAAGACCGUUCUGUUGUUCGUUUGGCUAGUGAUAAAUCAAAAUGUGAGCUUAGUAUUAAGUGACCCGAUUCUAGCAACAAGUAAUUUAACAAUAGCCGCUAAGAAUAUUGCUGGUGAUGAGCUAAUCCAUCCGCCAAUUGAUGAUGCUGUGGUGGCUGCCGAAUCACCAUCAUCUGCGAAUGAUCUCCCGAGCCAAUACCAUUCACACCAAAUUAUCGGCGACGAUGACAUUUCCAACGACCGACACUACACAUCAACAUGGGCCGUUCAUAUUCCAGGCGGUGACCAUGUGGCUGAACGCGUUGCACGCGACCUUGGUUUUACGAAUUUAGGAAAGAUAUUUGACGACCAUUAUCAUUUUCACCAUAGUGAAAUACGAAAACGUUCCGUUGAGCCAGCACAUCAUCACCAAGGGCGAUUGAGUGUUGAUGAUCGUGUGCAAUGGUCAAAGCAACAACGCAUUAAGUCACGUAAAAAGCGUGAUUUCCUUAGUUUUCAUGAGCCAAAAAUUCCAGCGUAUCCAACCGUAAUGAUGGGAAAGAAUCGUAUCCAAACGACGGAUCCCAAGUGGCCACAAAUGUGGUAUUUGCAUCGCGGCAACGGACUCGAUAUGAACGUGAUCCCAGCAUGGAAAGAGGGUGUAACGGGUAAAGGAAUCGUAGUCACUAUUUUAGAUGAUGGCCUCGAAUCGGAUCACCCAGAUUUAUUAGAUAAUUUCGAUCCAAAAGCAUCGUAUGAUGUUAACUCGCACGAUGAUGACCCGAUGCCACAUUACGAUAUGGACGAUUCAAAUCGCCAUGGAACUCGAUGUGCCGGCGAAGUAGCAGCUACCUUUAACAAUUCGUUGUGUUGCGUUGGAAUUGCACAUGGUGCGAGCGUUGGAGGUGUUCGAAUGUUAGAUGGCGAUGUGACAGAUGCCGUUGAGGCAAGGUCACUGAGUUUGAAUCCACAGCACAUUGACAUUUACAGCGCAUCCUGGGGACCAGACGAUGAUGGUAAAACAGUGGAUGGUCCUGGUGAGUUGGCAACACGAGCAUUCAUCGAAGGUGUAUCAAAAGGUCGCAGUGGAAAGGGAAGCAUUUUCAUUUGGGCAUCUGGUAAUGGUGGAAAGGAUCAUGAUAAUUGUAAUUGUGAUGGUUAUACGAACUCAAUUUGGACGUUGUCCAUAUCGAGUGCAACCGAACGGGGCCUUGUGCCAUGGUAUUCGGAAAAAUGCAGCUCAACACUGGCAACCACAUACAGUAGCGGAAGCAAAGAAGAACGUCAAGUGGUUACAACUGAUUUGCAUCAUUCGUGUACCGCUUCACAUACCGGCACCUCAGCAUCGGCUCCAUUGGCCGCUGGCAUUGCUGCGCUCGUAUUAGAGGCAAACCCGAAUCUAACCUGGAGAGAUUUACAACAUAUCGUGGUACGAACAGCAAAGCCAGCUAAUUUACAAGAUCCAUCCUGGUCGAAGAAUGGGAUUGGGCGUCGUGUAUCGCAUAGUUUUGGUUACGGAUUGAUGGAUGCAACUGCUAUGAUCAAAUUGGCAAGAACAUGGAAAACCGUUCCCGAGCAACAACGUUGCGAAAUAUACGCUCCAUCAUUGGAUAAGGCAAUCGCACCGAAAAGUUACAUUGUCAUUAGCUUAAAGGUACAACCGCACCAGUGUGGAAGCGUUAAUUAUUUGGAGCAUGUCCAAGCCAAAAUUACGUUGACAACACCAAGACGGGGUGACAUUCAGAUCCAUUUGACUUCUCCAGCUGGCACCAAAGUUACAUUGUUGACAUCAAGAUCACACGAUAAUUCACGUUCAGGAUUCAACCAAUGGCCAUUUAUGUCGGUUCACACGUGGGGCGAAUCACCACACGGACAAUGGCUGCUCGAAAUCCGAAACGAAGGACGUUAUAUGGGUCAUGCAUUUUUGAAAGGAUGGUCGUUGAUAUUCUAUGGUUCAAAACAACCAAUUGAUAAAAGCGAUCCCGCUUCAGUGCCGCUAAUACCAUUGAGUACAGUUUACAAUACACCAAACACAAACAAUCAAGUGGCCAAUGUGACAAAGGGCAACGGUGGCAAAGGAAAUCGCAAACAACAACAAUCACAGCAGCAGCAGCAGCAACAACAACAACAACAAAAAUCUUCACAGUCGACCGGAACACAAUCAACGGGACGCAAAAAUGGCAAAACAAAUGGAAAAAAUCAAAAUGGAAAAAACUGGAAGCAACGAAUAACAUCGCCACGGCCACAAACAACAGCAUCAAAUAAAGAUCGUAACAAAUUCGAACCGAUGAAUGGCAUCGCAUUUACAAAUAACAAAACCACCACAACCACUACGAUACGACCAAUAAAGUUGUCCAACAACAAUGUCGACAAUAAAGACGGCGAGAAAACGGUGUAUAUUAAAUCGCCUGUCAAAGCGCCAAAGCAAAUAAAGGAAAUAAUAACCAUAGCCAGCAGUAGCUUAAGCACACGAAUCGAUUCGGCCAACGAAUCGAUGGGAACGUUAAAGAGUCCGGCGAAUGGUUCGAUCAUCAAAUCAUCGUCAUUGCAAAAAAUCACAACCACCACGACAGCAUCACCCUUCGAUGCUCACGUCGAAUUAGUAGGUAGUUUUCAAUACACAUCGAACCCAAACAUUCCGAAAUUGUUUCAACGCUACGAGAAAAUCCAAGAAUUUUAUCCGGAAUUUCAUCCAUAUGUUAGUCAGCCAAAGGCAGCAUCGUCAAUAAGUGCAAAUGGUGGCACAGUCGCUGUGAAACCAUCGCGUGAUGGUUCGAAAUACAAUCACUUUUUGUCCACUUCAAAUCAACAACAACAACAACAAUCCCCACCGUCUUUUCCUGCUGAAAUUUCAACUGGGCGAACGCACGAUGUUUCAACACCACAGAAAUCGUCGACAUCAAGGACACAAAGCUCCGCCAUGAUAUCAUCAACAAAUGGAAAGGCUCAAGUAACGCAAUGGGGCCUUAUCUUGCAUGGAACCGAGGAGCCUGCACAAACAAACGACCCAAAAAGCUUUGAUUAUCCACAACCAGAUGCCAAUUUAUUUGGUGAAAUUGAUCAGAAUUUGGAUUUUGAUCAAACGGAAACUGGACAAUGGCGAACGUUGCAUCAGAGCGGAGAAAGCCAUAUUGAUGUGCAACGAACAGCGGCCUCCAACGAUCAAACCGAUUCGGCAUGCCUAAAACAAUUACCCAAUAAAUAUUGCAUAGUGUGUGAGCAGACGACAUUCAAUUAUAAGGGGCGCUGUUAUACAUUAUGCCCGGAACGGACAUUCAUGUUACCAGAAACGCCAAAUACCAAAACGAAAUCGAAUAGCACCAGCACAUCGACAACAACAACAGCAACACCUUCUUCACCGCCUCGAAAACGUGCUGUUUUGCCGAAUGUACCGCAAAAACAAUGUGCACCUUGUCAUACAUCAUGCCUUCGAUGCCGAGGUCCACUAGACCAUGACUGCACUGAAUGCACACCCGAAAUGGUCUAUCGCGAAGUUGCGCCAAAUGAAACGUACUGCGAUCCGGGCGAACACGAAAGUGGAUGGCCACAAGUCGUUAAACUCUUUGACAACGAACACAAUUCCAAUGUCACAAUGCACAAUUUUAGUUACAAAUCACUAAUCUUUAAUCAUGUAUCCAUUUAUUUAGUCUGUAUUUACAUUGUAAUAGUCACAAUAAUCGUGUUGACGGUUCGUGCGGUGUGGAAAUCAUUUUCUGCCACCACAACGCCAAACGGUGCCGAUAAAAAAAAUUACGCUUAUAAUCGUAUUGCAUACGAUGGCGCCAAUGAGCACAUCAUAACAGAGCAAGAAAAAUUCAUUCACACCAGCGACUCGUCGGAAGAAGCGGAAAUGAUUAAAUAGGAUAUAGAUUUAAACAUUGUAGAUUUAGUCUGAAACACAAAACAAAAGAAGAGAAAAGUGAAUUAAAAAAACCCGUAUUUUA